AUGUCUCCCCCUUCUGUUCCUCCUCUUCCUCCUCCUCCUCCUCCUCCUCCUUCUCCUCAUCCCUCCACCUCCUCCUCCUCCUCCUCCUUCUCCUCCUAUCCUGCCCCCUCCCCGCUCCACCUUUUUCUCUACUGCUCUUUCCCAUCUCUUUCACUGUCUCCCCCUUCAGUUCCUCAUCUGUUCCUCCCCCUCCUCCCUCCACCUCCUUCUCCUCCUACUCCGCCUCCUCCGCUGCCCGGGGGAUAUUCAAAUGGGGUCCUUCCCCCAACUUCCCACCCAACUGCUACCCCUCUCGGACCCCUUUCAUUCCCUUUCCCCCUUCCCCUUCAUUUCCCCUCCCCCUUCUACGCCCAUACCCACCCUUCUCACCAUUACCUCUACCCCCUUUAUUCCCCCUACCUUCUUCCAGGUCCUUCCCCAACUCCCACUCGUACCCCCCGCUCCCAGACUACCUUUCAAGAGGCCAUCCUCCAAACUGCAGGCAUCCAGCGAACAAUCCCCCUAACGCCAUCAUCCUCUGGCGAAGCUCUUUGCUCUCUCUCUCUCUUUGGUUCUAGGUCCCCUAGUACUAGUGCUAGUCCUACUACUACUACUGGUAGUAGUGGCAGCAGUAGUAGUCAGCUUCUACGAGGUCUUUCCAGCCUCCUUAGGGACUCCCAGAGAUGGCAAAGGACGCACGAGACGGCUGCUCGGCUACACCCAAAUUGA